UCCCAGCCUCCCCCCGGCCCCCCGCUCCCGCCGCCUCCCCGGGUCUGCCCCCAUCCCGCCCGUCCGCUGCCCCCGGCCCCUGCACCCCGGCGCGCCCGGUCCCGCUCUGGGGGGGUUGGUGGCUUCGCUUUGCCAUGAGUUUACCGCAGAAACCGGCUCUGAAAUCAGGCUCAGCGGCUGCAGCAGGAACCGGACCCGGCACCGGAGCGGCGGCGGCGGCGGCGGUACCGCCUCCUCACCCGGCGGCGGCGGCGGCAGCGGCGGCGGCAGCGGCGGCGGCGGCAGCAGCGGCGGCGGCCCCUCCUCACCCGAACAUCAGGGCCCUCCAGACCCCGGCACCCCAACAAAUCCCCCGAGGACCGGUGCAGCAGCCUCUGGAGGACCGGCUCUUCCCUCCCGCGGUCUCUGCAGUCUAUAGCUCGGUAACACAAGUAGCAAGACAGCCAGGACCCCCGACCCCUUCCCCUUACUCAGCACAUGAAAUAAGCAAAGGGCACCCCAAUCUUGCGGCCACGCCCCCGGGACAUGCGUCGUCCCCUGGACUCUCUCAACUCUCCUUAGAUGCUGGAGCACAUGAACAGCCAGGAAGCCCUGGAAGGGUUGUCAGUUACUGUUGUGGUGGUUUAUUAUCUGUCUGUGAGAUUGCACCUGAUUUGACCCCUUAUCCCUCUGGACAGAAUGCAGGUCCAGCCACAUUGGUCUAUCCUCAAGCCCCUCAGACAAUGAAUUCACAACCUCAGGCCCGGUCUCCGCCCAGCAGAGCAGUGCCAAUGCAUUGCACAGACACCUGGAAGAGGAGGAAGGUUUUGGAACAGACUCCCGUUUACAGGUCCCUGGCUGGAAGAGGCUGGAUAAAAUACUGCAUUUUUGCAGCGGGGCCUCGACCUGCCCAUCAUCAGGGAGGAUUCAGACCCAUCCAGUUUUUCCAGAGGCCUCAGAUCCAGCCUCCCAGAGCUGCCAUUCCAAACAGCAGUCCUUCCAUUCGUCCUGGUGCACAGACGCCUACCGCCGUGUAUCAGGCCAAUCAGCACAUCAUGAUGGUUAACCAUCUGCCUAUGCCAUACCCAGUGCCCCAGGGGCCUCAGUACUGUAUACCACAGUACCGCCACAGCGGCCCUCCGUAUGUGGGGCCUCCACAGCAGUAUCCAGUUCAGCCGCCCGGCCCGGGCCCUUUUUAUCCUGGACCAGGACCUGGGGACUUCGCUAAUGCUUAUGGAGCGCCUUUUUACCCAAGUCAGCCAGUGUAUCAGUCAGCACCCGUCAUAGUGCCUGCGCAGCAGCAGCCCCCUCCAGCCAAGAGAGAGAAAAAAACUAUAAGAAUUCGAGAUCCAAAUCAGGGAGGUAAGGACAUAACAGAGGAGAUUAUGUCUGGAGGCGGCAGCAGGAAUCCUACUCCACCUAUAGGAAGGCCUGCGUCCACACCCACUCCUCCUCAGCAGCUGCCCAGCCAGGUCCCUGAGCACAGCCCUGUGGUAUAUGGGACUGUGGAGAGCGCUCAUCUUGCUGCCAGCACCCCUGUCACUGCAGCUAGCGACCAGAAGCAAGAAGAAAAGCCAAAACCAGAUCCAGUGUUCCAGUCUCCUUCAACAGUCCUUAGGCUCGUGCUUAGUGGGGAGACGAAAGAGCAAGCAGGCCAGAUGCCUGAGACUGCUGCAGGAGAGCCUACCCCAGAGCCUACUCGGACUUCAUCACCCUCCACCCUUCCUCCACUUGCCCGGAGUUCAGUUCCUUCCCCCAUGUCCGCUGCCCUUAGCAGUCAGCCACUGUUCACUGCUGAGGACAAGUGUGAACUUUCUUCCUCAAAAGAAGAUGCACCUCCUGUACCCAGCCCCACAUCUUGCACAGCAGCAUCAGGCCCUUCACUAACAGAUAACAAUGAUAUAUGCAAGAAACCCUGUAGUGUAGCACCUCAUGAUAGCCAGCUAAUUUCUAGUACUAUCCUAAUUAAUGAAAUGAAUGGAGUUGGUGAAAAAUUACCAGCCAAGGAGAACACUGUGGACAUGGUGAGACAGGAAGUGCUGCCAUUGACUCUCGAAUUGGAGAUUCUGGAACAUCCCCAGGAAGAAAUGAAAGUGGAGUGUACCCCGACUUCCAUUGCCCCAUCCACGCUGCCUUCCUUCUCCCCAGCUCCUCCAACUCCCCCCGCUUCACCUCCUUGUCCUCCUGUUGUCCUAUCUGCCACCAUUGCUCGUUCUCCUGCUGUUGCCACUGAUGUCCAGAGAGUUGCCGCCGAAGAGGGAGAAAGCCUGAGAACUUGCCUUAGCAAGGAUGCAAAGGAGACGGUGGACAAAGCAGAGGCAGAGGCAGCCGGGCGAGCAGAGGAGACCGCAGACCCCGAGAACUUUCAUUCAGGACGGAGCCCUGCCCCAGUGCAAACAGCUACCACUGCACCAAAGACGUGGAAGAAGACAAAAGAGCGGGCCCGAACUCCAGAUGAAGUGGCAGAAGCAGAGGCAGAGCCUAAAGCCGAAGAAGAGCUUGCAGUUGACAGUGUCCUUGAACCUGAGCAAGAGAAGAUGAGCCAGGGGUUUCAUUUUGAGAGAGACUCCUCUGCCCUGAAGAGAGUGAAAGCGGAGGAAGAAAACGGAGAAGAAGCUGAGCCCGUCCGCAAUGGCGCUGAGAGUGCUUCUGAGGGAGAAGGAGGGGAUGGUAAUUCAGGCUCUACUGAUAGCUCUGGCGAUGGGGUCACAUUCCCCUUUAAAGCAGAGUCCUGGAAGCCUACAGAUACAGAAGGCAAGAAGCAAUAUGACCGGGAGUUCCUUUUGGACAUCCAGUUUAUGCCUGCCUGUAUCCAAAAACCAGAAGGUCUGCCUCCCAUCAGUGAUGUGGUUCUUGACAAGAUCAACCAGCCCAGAUUGCCGAUGCGGACCCUAGAUCCUCGCAUUUUGCCUCGAGGACCUGACUUCACCCCAGCCUUUGCAGAUUUUGGAAGGCAGACGCCUGGUGGAAGAGGCGUGCCUUUGUUGAAUGUUGGACCUCGGAGGUCUCAACCUGGCCAGAGAAGGGAGCCCAGAAAGAUAAUCACUGUCUCCGUAAAAGAAGAUGUGCACUUGAGAAAGGCGGAGAACGCCUGGAAGCCCAGCCAGAAGCGGGACAGCCACACCGAUGACCCCGAAAGCAUUAAAACGCAGGAACUUUUUAGAAAAGUUCGAAGUAUCUUAAAUAAACUGACACCACAGAUGUUCAACCAGCUGAUGAAGCAAGUGUCGGCACUUACCGUGGACACGGAAGAGCGGCUAAAGGGGGUCAUCGACCUGGUCUUUGAGAAGGCUAUCGAUGAGCCCAGCUUCUCUGUGGCAUAUGCAAACAUGUGUCGGUGCCUAGUAACGCUGAAGGUGCCCAUGGCAGACAAGCCUGGCAACACAGUGAAUUUCCGGAAGCUACUGCUUAACCGCUGCCAGAAGGAGUUUGAAAAAGAUAAGGCAGAUGAUGACGUCUUUGAGAAGAAGCAGAAAGAACUGGAAGCUGCCAGUGCUCCAGAGGAAAGGACAAGGCUUCACGAUGAACUGGAAGAAGCCAAGGACAAAGCCCGGCGGAGAUCCAUCGGCAACAUCAAGUUCAUUGGAGAACUCUUUAAACUCAAAAUGCUGACGGAGGCCAUCAUGCAUGAUUGUGUGGUGAAACUGCUUAAGAACCAUGAUGAAGAGUCCCUGGAGUGCCUAUGUCGCCUGCUCACCACUAUCGGCAAAGACCUGGACUUUGAGAAAGCAAAGCCACGCAUGGACCAGUAUUUUAACCAGAUGGAGAAAAUCGUCAAAGAAAGAAAAACUUCCUCCAGGAUUCGGUUCAUGCUUCAGGAUGUAAUCGACCUCAGGCUGUGUAAUUGGGUAUCCCGACGAGCAGAUCAGGGGCCAAAAACUAUUGAGCAGAUUCACAAAGAGGCCAAAAUAGAAGAACAAGAGGAGCAAAGGAAAGUCCAGCAGCUAAUGACCAAGGAGAAGAGAAGACCAGGCGUACAAAGAGUGGAUGAAGGUGGGUGGAACACUGUACAAGGGGCCAAGAACAGUCGUGUACUGGACCCCUCCAAGUUUUUGAAAAUCACUAAGCCUACCAUUGACGAGAAGAUCCAGCUGGUUCCUAAGGCCCAGCUGGGCAGCUGGGGCAAAGGCAGCAGCGGUGGAGCAAAGGCGAGCGAGACCGAUGCCUUACGGUCAAGUGCUUCCAGUUUAAAUAGAUUCUCUCCUCUGCAACCUCCAGCACCUUCAGGGUCCCCGUCAGCCACGCCUUUAGAGUUUGAUUCCCGACGGGCAUUAACCAGUCGUGGGAGCAUGGGCAGGGAGAAGAGUGACAAACCGCUUCCAGCUGGAACCACCCGUCCCAACACGUUCCUGAGGGGCAGCAGCAAAGACCUGCUAGACAACCAGUCUCAGGAAGAGCAGCGCAGAGAGAUGCUGGAGACAGUGAAACAGCUGACAGGAGGCGUGGAUGCUGAGCGGGCCAGUGCUGAGGCCGACCGAAGCAAAACGAGGGAGCUAGCAAAAUCAGAAAUGUGUGCAGUGCCAGCCCCUGACAAGCCUGCACUGUCAGAAGAGGAAGUGGAGAGGAAGUCCAAGUCUAUCAUUGACGAAUUCUUGCACAUCAAUGACUUUAAGGAGGCCACGCAGUGCAUAGAGGAGCUGAGUGCCCAAGGCCCACUGCAUGUGUUCGUGAAGGUGGGUGUGGAGUUCACCCUGGAACGGAGCCAGAUCACCAGGGACCACAUGGGCCACUUACUGUAUCAGCUGGUGCAGUCAGAAAAACUCAGCAAGCAGGACUUUUUCAAAGGUUUUUCUGAAACCUUGGAGUUGGCAGAUGACAUGGCCAUUGAUAUCCCCCAUAUUUGGUUGUACCUGGCUGAACUAGUCACCCCCAUGUUAAAAGAAGGGGGAAUCUCCAUGAGAGAACUUAUUGUGGAAUUCAGCAAGCCAUUACUUCCUGUUGGCAGAGCUGGGGUCCUGCUUUCUGAAAUCCUGCACCUUCUAUGCAGACAAAUGAGCCAUAAGAAGGUAGGUGCCCUGUGGAGGGAGGCCGACCUCAGCUGGAAGGACUUUCUGCCGGAAGGGGAAGAUGUGCAUGCUUUUCUCUUGGAGCAGAAGUUGGACUUCACGGAGUCAGAAGGGCCCUGCUCCUCUGAAGCACUCUCAAAGAAAGAACUGUCUGCCGAGGAGCUGGCUCAGCGCCUGGAGAAACUCAUCAUGGAGGACAGAGCAGACGAUGAGCGGAUCUUUGACUGGGUGGAGGCUAAUCUAGACGAAAGCCAAAUGAGUUCGCCUACAUUCCUUAGAGCUUUAAUGACGGCCGUUUGCAAAGCAGCUAUCAUAGCUGAUUGCUCUACCUUCAGAGUGGACACUGCUGUGAUCAAGCAGAGAGUGCCGAUCUUACUCAAGUACCUAGACUCAGACACAGAGAAGGAACUGCAAGCACUUUAUGCACUACAAGCAUCCAUAGUAAAACUUGACCAACCUGCCAAUUUGCUCCGGAUGUUUUUUGAUUGCCUGUAUGACGAGGAGGUGAUAUCAGAGGACGCCUUCUACAAAUGGGAGAGCAGCAAGGACCCUGCUGAACAAAAUGGGAAGGGCGUGGCCCUCAAAUCUGUCACAGCAUUUUUCACGUGGCUUCGAGAAGCAGAAGAGGAGUCCGAGGAUAACUAAUACUUCAAAUACACAAACGAAACAAAAGAAACAAUUUAAGUAUUUUUUUAAAAAAUUUCACGUCUUCGCCAAUCACAGUGCAGCAAGGCCAACUCUCGCAGAAACCCCACGUGUGCGUGAGUGGGAGAGGGGACAGGAAUCAGGUGAUCAUGGAGGAUAAAGGUCCUGGAACAAGCAAACAGCAAACCUGAGGGCGGGAGCUCCAAAACCAAAAUACAUGUACUAUUUAUAGAAAAUA